UGUUGGUGGCCCGAGGAGCGUCAACCUGAGUUGGUGGUGGCGUUUUUGGACCCUUGCCAUGGAGGGGUCUAGCGAGCCUCCGCUGGAUGCUAAGGCCGAGGUCACCACCCAGCUUAUAGAUUUUCAGUGGAAACUGGGUAUGGCUGUGAGCUCGGACAGUUGCAGAUCUCUUAAGUAUCCUUACAUUGCAGUGAUGCUAAAAGUGGCAGAUCAUUCAGGCCACGUAAAGAACAAGUCCUUUGAAAUGACAAUUCCCCAGUUUCAGAAUUUCUACAGACAGUUCAAGGAAAUUGCUGCAAUUAUUGAAACUGUGUGAAAACUGAUUGCUAUCAUCAUUCUAAAAUCGUGGACUUCACUUUCUUCAACAGAACUGCAUAAGGAUCAAAUGAUAUUUAUUGAAUGAAAAUUGAACUUUUGUUUUUUCAUUUUUUUAAAUAAAAAAUCAGACAAACAGGAAUUAGACAAUGGUGAUGGAUUCACAACUUUGUGAAUAUACUAAAAGCCACUGAAUUGAACACUUUAAAGGGUGAACUCUGUGGUAUGUGAAUUACAUCUCACUAAAAAAAUAAAUCAGGCAAAUAGUUGAUUGAUUAAUCUUGAAGACAACACAAGUUUAUGUAUUAGACCAAUAGUUUUAAAACUUACUGGUAAUGCUACCCAUUUUAUAGACAAAAUCUUAUGUGGAGUCCUAUAUAUAAA